GCUCGACCUCAAGUAGCGGUGCCUACGCAGGUUUUCUCCUACCUUCUGAAAUCUGUUUAAACCGGUGAUUCAUUCAUGCUCAAGCACCUGAAGUAUGUCUGACUGGUAGGAUUGCUCUGUGUUCCCAAACAUUUCGGACCUGUUGGCGGCGGGUGGGGAGCCGCGGUGAAAAUUACUGUCUGGAGAUUCCCCCCGCUCCGCGCGGCUUUGGACAGCUUUAUACAUUCGCAGAAGACCCAAAAUUAAUACCUUAUUUGCCGACAGCACACAGGACCUUUCUAAUAGUAUUUUUUCAAGUAUUCGUUUACAGAAAAGGAAGCGGGAAAAACUGAUGUAGUCCAAGCCGUGGUGCUGAACCAGUGUAUAUCGUAGUUGUAAGAUGAUCCAGAAAUAAACGGCAAUUUAUUUUUUAUUUCAAUGUUUUUAUCUUCAUUUGGUUGGGCAGAAAGCCCAAAUACUGGGCUGCCAGGUUCAGGGCCAGACGCCUAGCCAGCCUGCUGACUUGGAGCUUCAGAGCCAUGGCGACAAAGGAGUCAGGAGAUGCCAACGCAGAGCCGGCCCCCUCAUCAGCCAAGCGGAGAAAACCUGUGCCUGAAAAACCAAACUAUGCGCUCAAGUGUACUCUUGUGGGACAUACGGAAGCAGUGUCCUCGGUUAAGUUUAGUCCUAAUGGUGAAUGGCUAGCAAGUUCUUCUGCUGAUAAAGUAAUUAUAAUUUGGGGAGCCUAUGAUGGAAAAUACGAGAAGGCACUUUAUGGCCACAGCCUGGAAAUAUCAGAUGUUGCCUGGUCAUCAGAUUCCAGUCGUCUUGUUUCUGCCUCAGAUGAUAAAACGCUAAAGAUUUGGGAUGUGAGAUCUGGGAAAUGUUUAAAAACCCUUACGGGUCACAGUAACUACGUUUUUUGCUGUAAUUUCAAUCCACCAUCUAGUCUUAUCAUUUCAGGAUCUUUUGAUGAGAGUGUGAAAAUCUGGGAGGUGAAAACAGGAAACUGCCUCAAGACUUUGUCUGCUCAUUCUGACCCAGUUUCUGCUGUUCAUUUUAAUUGUAGUGGGUCCUUAAUAGUGUCAGGUAGCUAUGAUGGUGCCUGUAGAAUCUGGGAUGCUGCAUCAGGUCAGUGCUUAAAAACACUUGUUGAUGAUGAUAACCCCCCCAUCUCAUUUGUAAGAUUUUCUCCAAAUGGUAAAUAUAUUCUAAUUGCAACUUUGGACAAUACUCUUAAACUAUGGGAUUAUAGCAGAGGUAGAUACCUGAAGACAUACACUGGUCAUAAAAAUGAGAAAUACUGCAUAUUUGCCAAUUUUUCCAUUACUGGUGGAAAGUGGAUUGUGUCUGGUUCAGAGGAUAACAUGGUUUACAUUUGGAACCUUCAGACUAAAGAGAUUGUACAGAAAUUGCAAGGUCACACAGAUGUUGUGAUCUCAGCAGCAUGUCAUCCUACAGAAAAUAUCAUUGCAUCAGCAGCGUUAGGAAAUGACAAAACAAUUAAACUGUGGAUGAGUAACUACUAAACCCUUUAGAAAUCAAAGCCAAGUUGGCAAAAGGAAUCAGAUAUUUAUAAAGAUGGUUUCUCUUAAUUUUGGCAUUUUUUAAAACAGUUUUGGAUUACAAAAUUUUAAAACCUCAGUCUAAAUUUACAAAGCAAGACAAUUGGGCUGAUUUUUAAUCUUUAGGUCUAUUAAUCUCUUACAUCUGUCCCUGAACAGACUCCCUUUCUGUUUCUCUCAGUGGCUUACAGAGUGUCAGUGUAUUUGAGAAAUAAAUAGAAGUAAGGUUCACAAGACAAAAAUGACUGAUUCAAUGAGGGGAACAAUGGAGUUUGGAAUAACUCCAAGGUCUUGGGUUUGGGAGGUCAGAUGAAUAGAAGCAUAUAAACCUGGGAUGGUGGACUGGAGAUGUAUGUCAGAUGCCACUCACACACUUUCAGGUGAUAGCCUACAUGAUGGGAUAAGACAUGGUCCAUGGAAUCGAGUCUGUAAAUUGAGAAAAAUAAGUCAUGGUUUGGUUCUGAGUGUCUAAGAUACUAAGUUUUUAUCAAGGUAAAAACUAAAAAUAAAAACAUUAUAAAUGGCAUUUUAGUGAAAGACCCUCUCACUACCUUGUCAAAUUGUGCCCUCUCAUGGUUUUUAGGCAAGCUAAGUGAAAGGUGAGCUGCUCUUUCAUUAUAUGUGUCCUUACCUAUGAACUCCUACCCACACUUCAAACUCAGCUCAGAAAUCACCACUUUGUGGAGCCAUUACUGCCUGCCUGACUUCUACCACAGCUGACAGCUAAGUUUUUUUGCUUCUUCCUACAGCUUCUGUUACAAAGUCCAAAAUACAUCAUUUACCAGUUUGUUAUGUAAUAGGUUCAUGGGCCCUGUUGCCAGUCAUUUAUGAGCUCUUGGGAGUCAAGAGCUCAUAAUGUUUUCUGUUUUUGUACAUGGAAGGUGAUAACAAUAAAUUAUAC